UUUUCAAUUUUAUUUUUUUUUCCUUUUUUAUUUUUAAAAGUGCUUAUUUUGUUAAUUUUUAAUUUAGGUAAAAUGUCUUCAUUUAAUUCUGAUCCAUAUAAAAUUCUUCAAUUACAACCUGGAUGUAAUAAUUUAAUUCAAAUAACCAAAGCUUACAAAAUGAUGGCUUUAAAAUGGCAUCCAGACAAAAAUUUAAAUCAAAAAGAAUAUGCCCAUCAAAUGUUUCUCAAAGUUAAACAAGCUUUUGAAUUUCUCAAGGCUAAGAGGUUACGUGAUAAUUACAACGAGAAAAUGACACAAAGGCGAGCAGCAUCGGCAGCGCAUUUUGCACAACGACAAAAAUUAAAUAAAGAAUAUACAAAUUUUUAUGAAGAACUUAAUAAAGAACAUCAAAAAUUUAAUCAAAAAAGAAAUGAAAUUUAUAAACAACAACAAAAAUUGUAUGAAAUGUCACAAAAAAUAUUUAAUGAAUCAAGUGCUGUUUUUAGACAACAAAGCGAACUUUUAAAUGCUUUUAUGAAUGGAAUGACUAAAAAUAAUUUGGAUGAAAUGAGAAGUGCAUUAGAUGCUCAUUCACGUUGGUGGAAAGAAUACAUAAAAGGCAAAGGGCAAAAAUGAUGUAAAUAUUUAAACAAAAGCUAAUAUUUUUGAAGUAAGGGAAGAUAUUUUUUGAUUUUUUUUACUUUGAAUAUCAUUAAAAUAAUUUUGCUGUAAAGGGGCUUUCAACAUUUUAAACCGCUUUGUUUUUAUUUUCUUCAAUUGUUUUAUCUUUGACCGGCGCACC